AUGCCCUCGAGGAACGCGCCGAAGACAACAUAUGAGCCUGUAUCACGACCGAAACGACAGCAGAAGUUCCCAACCAGAAGAAGGUCUGCUAGAGAGCGACCAGUCGUACCUGCACUACCGAAGAAGCAAUCGACUUUGACACAGCUCGACUUCGUCAGCACGCCCAGUGGAAGCAGCGACACUAUCUCCAUCUCGAGUGAUGAUGAGUUCGAGGAGCCAAGACCGAGGAAGAAGCAGCGCAAAUCGAAGUUGAGCAGCAGACAGCACGGCGUCGACGACAGUGAUAUUCAGGUUUGGGAGGACGACGACGAAGAAGGACAGCGAGUAGAGGAAAUGCCCGAUCAACAGAUGUACGGGCAGCAACGCGAGGCACAGAACGACAGAUUCGACACAGAGAAUAUGCCCGAGAUUCCAGAGACGUCAGAGCAAGACAUUCCUUCUUCACCUCGAGUAGACAGUGGGAUUGAUUCGGCGCGGCCCAACAAGAAAGUCAGUCUUCAAACGCCAACGAAACCACUCAAGAAAGAAAUUCCAUCUUCGCAGACGCCCCCAAGCACGAGAUUCUCGAUUCGAGACUCGAAGCGUAAAGCGAAUAUGCAGAAGUCGCCUCUGAAGGAGCGUAGCACCAACGUACAGUCAGCUGCGCCUGACGACUCCGCACCGGAAAGCCAGAACUCGAGUCGGAAGGACGAAGUUCGAACACAGACCCAAAAGGUGCUCCUAAAUGAUACAACGCCGCGUGCUGCUACGCCAGAUCUACAUGCAGUUCUACCUACUGAUGUGCCACAUCACUCACCGAGCCAGAGGCCGCCACCGCGAAAGCUUCGUCGCACCGCCACAGUGCAGGAUUCACAACCCGAAGACCUCGAUCUGUCGAACACAGUAGUGGUGGAAAGUCCCGUGAAGUCGCCUGUCGCAAGACCAAAAGCGAAGUCACCUCCGACCUUGAAGAGGGUCUCGACCGUUCAGGACACACAGUGCGACUCCGCAGAGUUGCUUUCGGAUGAUGUCGGCAAGGAUAGCCACCAGUAUGACGCCUACAACGACGCUCAAGCCUACACUGGCUACACACAAGCCACGUUCGAUCCUGUCAAUGCAGCUCUCGAUCGAGACGCUGCAAGAUUUGGCUGGACUCAGACGCAGCGCCCAGCACCGCCGGCUAUCCAUGAGCCGCAUGCGGACAGCAAGACGGACGACGACGAGGACCUAGACCGUGGCUGUCGGUUAGGCAACGCUCGAGUUAAUUCGAAUGCGCCUAUGCAGUUACCUGUUGUGCAGGAGGAAAGCUCCGCCGAGUCAGGGCAACUUCAGGACGAGCUGCUUCAAGCUUGCUCAGGUGGUGUGGAAGUAGAAUCGUGGGCUCAAUUGAACAGCAACGACGGUAGUGAUGAGCCUGGAGAUGUCACUCUCGUUCUUGAUGAACAGGUGCCUUCACCGCCUCCUGUGCCAGCACCACACGUGACGGCCGAACUACCAGAUGAUGCAGUUGAGAGGAUACCCUCUUCGCCGCCUGCGAUACAUCAGUCACAAAUUAGCACCGUCGUGCCCACGCAGGCCUCGCUGCUGCAGCUGCCUCUAAUCGACGAGAACGAUGACAAUGAGGCCGAGUCUGCGGACCAGCUGCCACAUACAAUGCUCUCGGAAGCACCUACAAUAGCACUUCGAGAAUCGUCUCCGCAAUUGCCAGAUGCUGGGUUUGAGCAGAUGACUUCGGAAUCUUCUCUACCUCUCCCGCCGUGGAGCUCACCGCUGCGAGCCGAGAGGCCGCUUUCUGGAGCGUAUCGCGAGUCGCAAUUUAUGGAUUGGAGUCUGCCUCCGCCGCCACCGAUGAGCUCGAGCAGAACCGAAACUCCGGCUUCGUCAUCGAGGAGAUGA